GGAAAGCAGAAGCAAUCAACCAUUUACAUACACAUAUAUCCUUGAGCUUACCAUACUUCACUCAUUGGCAUCUUUGACAUCUCAAAAACACCUCUUCUUUCUAGCAAUCUAAAUUUCUUGGUUGUUUAUCAUGGGAAUUUUUGAUAAGAAAAAGGGUGAACAGAAAAAGUCCCACGGGGCCGCCCAAGCCGUCAAGAUAUCCAGGCCUAUAAAAGCUGAGAAUUCAAUGAUGUUUCAUGAAGAAUCAGAUACCAGCAAUCCUACUCAACAACACGCUCGCAAUCCUGACGCCCCCCUUAACGAUACAGGUUAUUCAUCAACACCCGAUCACUCUACCGGCCAUGGCCAUCCCAACAGGGCACCUCAAGACCUUUCCAGAUCAGUCCCCAACAAUCCCCACCAAGCAAGCCAAGCUUCUUCAUACCCAGUAAAUCACCAGCAGCCGGCUAUGAACCACAACCCAGCUACCAAUAACCCCAGGCCCAUUCGAUCUAGCGGUAGGCCCAGAGGCCAGAAUCAUCCUCGCCCCACCAAACGCAAUGCUGGAAAUUCCAGUUCAUCCAGACCUUCCUCGGCUCAUUCUGGAGCCUCUUCUGCUAAUGGUCCCCUAGAUGACACGGAAGUCACCUCCCAACGUGGCUCUCGUGCCUCUAGCGGUAGUCGUCACUCCUCCCCUCCGUCGUCUUCUGAUGAAAAUCCUUUCAAAUAUGAUGACGGUAGGUACGCCAGUGUGUUAAAAUAGGGCUGGCAAUGCAAAACUACUAGGUUGGAAGCGAAACUUGGGCGGUGUUUUUGUUUUGGAUAUAUAAAAGGGUUAAAGGAAAGUUUGGGUUUUAAGAUAUCUGGCUGACAUUGGUUCGUUGGUGUUUUUUCUUGGGAUUGGGGUUUUUUCUUACAAUUAAUUUUUCCUAGGAAUGGGAGUCAGUUUGGAGGGGGGCAAAAGGGGUUGUUUUCUUUGGACUGGAAGUCAUCUUUUUUUUUUUAAAUGUUAUCCUUUCACGUUGCUUUAUUGAAAAUUGAUGGGCUAAUACAUAAUUCGGGGUGGUUUUACAUACUUGCGGGGUAGGAAUUCGCACAGUUGGACAUAGUGGGCGACUAUUUGGGCGAGGAAAUCUAUUUUGUAUGGAACUCGAUUAGUUCUUGGCACGAACUCCAUUGUUUUGGAUCAAUCUAUGUUUUUACCAUACUAAACAUUUUUGUUUCAAUCAAUGCAAAAUGAAUCACGUAACGGAACCAUUGGAAAUGCUCCUACUCAAGCACGACGGACGCGAAUUAUGUGCGGAAAAAUGUGAGAUCUUAAGGGGGUA